AUGAUGUCCUACAUGAAACAGCCUCAUUACUCCGUUAACGGGCUGACUCUGUCCGGUACCGGGAUGGAUCUCCUGCACUCCGCCGUCGGUUACCCUAGUAAGUGCUCUUUUACCUUUCCGAUUAUUCGUCUUUUUUCCCCCUCAGACACUCCACGCAAACAGCGGCGCGAAAGGACCACCUUCACGCGUGCGCAGUUGGACGUGCUGGAGGCGCUGUUCUCCAAAACACGAUACCCGGACAUAUUCAUGAGGGAAGAAGUGGCUCUCAAGAUCAACCUGCCCGAGUCUAGAGUCCAGGUCUGGUUUAAGAACCGUCGUGCCAAAUGCCGUCAGCAGCAGCAGCAGCAGACCAGCGGUCAGACCAAACCCAGACCACCCAAGAAGAAGUCUUCACCAGCUCGUGACUCCAGCGCCAGUGAGCCCAGCGCCAGCACCAGUGGCCCCUACAGCCCCCCGCCACCCCCGCCUGGCACCGCCAUCACCCCCAGCUCCAGCAGCGCCACUGUGUCUAUAUGGAGCCCGGCCUCCAUCUCUCCGCUGCCCGACCCGCUGUCCGCCCCCAGCACCGCCUGCCUGCAGCGCUCCAGCUAUCCUAUGACCUACAGCCAAGCGCCGGCCUACGGGCAGAGCUACGCCGCCUCUUCAUCCUACUUUACAGGCCUGGACUGCAGCUCGUACCUGUCCCCAAUGCACCCGCAGCUGUCAGCCAGCGGGGGCGCUCUCAGCCCAAUGAGCGGAGCCCUCAGCCAAUCGCCGGCCUCGCUUUCAUCUCAGGGUUACACCGCGGCAUCACUGGGCUUCGGCGCCGUCGACUGCUUAGAUUAUAAAGACCAGACAGCAGCCUGGAAACUGAACUUCAACGCAGCAGACUGUCUGGACUACAAGGACCAGAAUUCCUGGAAGUUCCAGGUGCUGUAG